AUGCCUGCUGCCCAUGACAGGCUGGAUGAGGUUAUGGAUGAGCCGUCACGUUGGACGGCGGAGCUUGCCCUCCUGACACAGGUAACAGACGGACAUCUCCGUCUGUUGGACGACUCACGCGCGGGUAGAAACCCGAUCACACCAGCCGACUCCGCAAGAGAGCCGAUCGUCGACCUCCCGCCAUUCCGAGACAUGCUGCGCCACGCGCGGCCCACCGACUUUUGGGACACGGCCACCCCAUCGACCUCGAGCAACGAGGGAAACACUCAAUACGAGGACAACAACGCUGUUGACGAGCUGGCCACUAUGACCGGUAACGUCGGCAGGCUACAUCCUCAAUAUACGGAGCUUGGCUCAACGUCAAGCUCCAGUCACCCAGCAGAAAUGGAGGACGAGCAUCAGGAACUUCAUUUUCCACAGGAGCAGCAGUCUGUGAGACAGAGGGUACAGAGCGCUGAGCAAAAUCUGGUGCGUGCAAGUGACUAUACAGGCGUGGACGGAGCUAUCGCAGAGUUCCACCAAGAGACCUCACGUCAGCACGAGCAGGAGACAGGACACUCAAUCGCUCAUCGAGAGGUGGACGCCACUGCCGACGGCCCCCUUCCCGCCGCCAUCGAUCCGCGCGUCAGGUGGACCGACCGCUCCCACAACAACCGGCGGGCCCAACCAACUCGCAACUGCAAGUCCGCAAACGCUGUCGUGGAGCGCAAGGAACGCGGUGCGAACACGAGGAAAGGGAGGACAGUGAUUGACGCAGGGAGCUCCAGAGGGACUGUUGGUCGGCCUGCGCCCCGCGAGCCGGCACAGCCGUCGACAAGUAGGUCGGUCGAGCAGUUGGGACCCUUGCCUGCCGACACUCCCGGUAGUUCAACAUCCACCCAUGCUUGUGCGAUUCGUCAACACGUGCAGCCUCCCCGCGGCUGCAAGCGGAAGGCUCCCGCCGGCGAUGAUGCAGUGGACGGCGCCGAGGGCGAAUUGCCAAGGGCGAAGCGGGUCAAGGCAGUCGUUGCGAAGAAGCCGGUGGUGGUGCAGGUCAAGGCUGCCACUGCGAAGAAGCCGAGGAAGAAGCAGGUCAAGGUUGCCUCGGCGAAGAAGCCGAGGGCGAAGCAGGUCAAGGCUGCCACUGCGAAGAAGUCCCAGCUUUUUUGCCCACAUCCGGCCUGCAAAGCUACAUUCGGACGCGACGGAGACCUCAGGCGGCAUCACAGGGAGACCAGGUCAUGUCCACUGUACACCGGCGAGUACGAGUCAAUUUGCACCGGAUGCAGGAAAGGCUUCGCCAGGGAGUACGCCUGGCGCCGGCACAUCGAAAAUCCGGGCGCCUGCGAAAAGGAGAAGGCCAGGACGGAGAAGGCCGAGAGGGAGAAGACCAAGAAAGAGAAGGCCAAGAAGGGGAAGCACCAGAGCGAGUAG